GCCUCUUAUGUAAGGAGCUGAAGGGGAAAUAAAAUAUACAGGAUGAAAAGAUGGCAACGUUGCCUCCCCCAGGACCUCAGAGUUUUGUCUAUUUUACAAAACAGUCUCUUGCCCUCAUUGAACAACGUAUUGCUGAAGGAAAAACAAAGGAACCCAAAGAAGAAAAGAAAGAUGAUGAUGAAGAAGGCCCGAGGCCAAGCAGCGACUUGGAAGCUGGCAAACAGCUGCCCUUCAUCUAUGGGGACAUCCCCCCAGGCAUGGUGUCAGAGCCCCUGGAGGACCUGGACCCCUACUAUGCAGACAAAAAAACUUUCAUAGUAUUGAACAAAGGGAAAGCAAUCUUCCGUUUCAAUGCCACUCCUGCUUUGUACAUGCUGUCUCCUUUCAGUCCUCUAAGAAGAAUAUCUAUUAAGAUUUUAGUACACUCCUUAUUCAGCAUGCUUAUCAUGUGCACUAUUCUGACGAACUGCAUAUUUAUGACCAUGAGUAACCCUCCAGAUUGGACCAAGAAUGUAGAGUAUACUUUUACUGGAAUAUAUACUUUUGAGUCGCUUGUCAAAAUCCUUGCAAGAGGCUUCUGCGUAGGAGAAUUCACUUUCCUUCGUGACCCAUGGAACUGGCUCGAUUUUGUCGUCAUUGUUUUUGCGUAUUUAACAGAAUUUGUAAACCUAGGCAAUGUUUCAGCUCUUCGAACUUUCAGAGUGUUGAGAGCUUUGAAAACUAUUUCUGUAAUUCCAGGACUGAAGACCAUUGUGGGAGCUCUGAUCCAGUCUGUGAAGAAGCUCUCUGAUGUCAUGAUCCUAACUGUAUUCUGCCUGAGCGUGUUUGCCCUGAUUGGGCUGCAGCUCUUUAUGGGCAACCUGAAGCAUAAAUGCCUGCGGGAUCCGCUGGAAAAUAAUGAAACAUUAGAAAGCAUAAUAGAUACCCUUGAAGAAGAAGACUAUAAAAAAUAUUUUUAUUACUUGGAGGGAUCUAAAGAUGCUCUCCUUUGUGGUUUGAGCACAGAUUCAGGUCAGUGUCCAGAAGGGUACAGGUGUGUGAAAGCAGGCAGAAACCCUGAUUAUGGCUACACGAGCUUUGACACUUUCAGUUGGGCCUUCUUGGCCUUGUUUCGGCUAAUGACCCAGGAUUACUGGGAAAACCUUUACCAACAGACACUGCGUGCUGCUGGGAAAACCUACAUGAUCUUCUUUGUUGUGGUGAUUUUUCUGGGCUCCUUUUAUCUAAUAAACUUGAUCCUUGCUGUGGUUGCCAUGGCCUAUGAAGAACAGAACCAGGCAAACAUUGAAGAAGCGAAGCAAAAGGAGUUAGAAUUUCAGCAGAUGUUAGAUCGUCUUAAAAAAGAGCAAGAAGAAGCUGAGGCAAUUGCAAUUGCAGCAGCUGAAUACACAAGUAUUGGGAGAAGCAGAAUGAUGGGUUUCUCUGAGAGUUCCUCUGAAACAUCCAAACUGAGCUCUAAAAGUGCUAAAGAAAGAAGAAACAGAAGAAAGAAAAGGAAUCAAAAGAAGCUUUCCAGUGGGGAAGAAAAGGGAGACAAUGAGAAGUUGUCCAAAUCAGAGUCAGAGGAGAGUAUCAGGAGACAAAAUUUCCACCUUGGUGUUGAAGAUCAUAGACGAGCACGUGAAAAGAGACUGUCUACCCCUAAUCAGUCACCGCUCAGCAUUCGAGGCUCCUUGUUUUCUGGAAGGCGCAGCAGCAGAACAAGCCUUUUUAGUUUCAAAGGUCGAGGGAAAGAUGUUGGAUCGGAGACUGAAUUUGCCGAUGAUGAGCAUAGCAUUUUUGGAGACAGCGAAAGCAGGAGGGGCUCGCUGUUUGUGCCCCACAGACCUCGGGAGCGGCGCAGCAGUAACAUCAGCCAAGCCAGUAGGUCUCCCCCAGUGCUGCCAGUGAAUGGGAAGAUGCACAGUACCGUGGACUGCAAUGGUGUGGUCUCCCUGGUUGAUGGACCCUCAGCCCUCAUGCUCCCCAAUGGACAGCUUCUGCCAGAGGGUACAACCAAUCAAAUACAUAAGAAAAGACGUUCCAGUUCUUACCUUCUUUCUGAAGAUAUGUUGAAUGAUCCCAAUCUGAGACAAAGAGCAAUGAGUAGAGUAAGCAUAUUAACAAACACUGUAGAAGAACUUGAAGAGUCCAGACAAAAAUGUCCACCUUGGUGGUACAGAUUUGCACACACAUUCUUGAUCUGGAAUUGUUCUCCAUAUUGGAUAAAAUUCAAAAAGCUUGUCUAUUUUAUUGUAAUGGAUCCUUUUGUAGAUCUUGCUAUUACCAUUUGCAUAGUUUUAAACACAAUGUUUAUGGCUAUGGAGCAUCACCCAAUGACUGAUGAAUUCAAAAAUGUACUCACUGUGGGAAAUUUGGUCUUCACUGGGAUCUUUGCAGCUGAAAUGGUUUUAAAACUAAUUGCCAUGGAUCCAUAUGAGUAUUUCCAAAUAGGAUGGAACAUUUUUGACAGCCUUAUUGUGACUUUAAGUUUAGUGGAGCUUUUUCUAGCAGAUGUGGAAGGACUGUCAGUUCUGCGAUCAUUCAGACUGCUUCGAGUUUUCAAACUGGCAAAGUCUUGGCCAACACUGAAUAUGCUGAUAAAGAUCAUUGGCAACUCAGUGGGUGCUCUGGGUAACCUCACCUUGGUGUUGGCCAUCAUCGUCUUCAUUUUUGCUGUGGUCGGCAUGCAGCUGUUUGGCAAGAACUACAAAGAAUGUGUCUGCAAGAUCAAUGAAGACUGUACACUCCCACGCUGGCACAUGAAUGACUUCUUCCACUCCUUCCUGAUUGUGUUCCGCGUGCUGUGUGGAGAGUGGAUAGAGACCAUGUGGGACUGUAUGGAGGUCGCUGGUCAAGCCAUGUGCCUUAUUGUGUACAUGAUGGUCAUGGUCAUUGGAAACCUAGUGGUCCUCAACCUAUUUCUGGCUUUAUUAUUGAGCUCAUUUAGCUCAGACAAUCUUACAGCAAUUGAAGAAGACAAGGAGGCAAACAACCUCCAGACUGCAGUGGGCAGAAUUACGAAGGGAAUAAAUUAUCUGAAACAAACCUUACAUGAAUUUAUUCUCAAAGCAUUUUCCAAAAAGCCAAAGAUUUCCAAAGACACAGGAAGAGAAGAAGAUCAAAAUAGUAAGAAGGAAAACUGUAUCUCUAACCGCACACUUGCUGAAAUGAACAAAGAUCGCAAUUUCCACAAAGAAAAAGACAAAAUCAGUGGUUUUGGAAGCAGCGUGGACAAAUACUUGAUGGAAGAAAGUGAUUGUCAAUCAUUUAUUCAUAAUCCCAGCCUCACUGUGACAGUGCCCAUUGCACCUGGGGAAUCUGAUUUGGAAAAUAUGAAUACUGAGGAACUUAGCAGUGAUUCAGAUAGUGAAUACAGCAAAGGGAGAUUGAAUCGGUCGAGUUCCUCUGAGUGCAGCACAGUUGAUAACCCUCUGCCAGGAGAAGGAGAAGAAGCGGAGGCUGAACCUGUAAAUUCAGAUGAGCCAGAGGCCUGUUUUACAGAUGGUUGUGUGCGGAGGUUCCCAUGCUGCCAAGUUGACAUGGAGUCAGGGAAAGGAAAAAUCUGGUGGAACAUCAGGAAAACCUGCUACAGGAUAGUUGAACACAGUUGGUUUGAAAGCUUUAUUGUUCUCAUGAUCCUGCUCAGCAGUGGUGCUCUGGCUUUUGAAGAUAUAUAUAUUGAAAAGAAAAAGACCAUUAAGAUUAUCCUGGAUUAUGCUGACAAGAUAUUCACUUAUGUCUUCAUUCUGGAAAUGCUUCUAAAAUGGGUAGCAUAUGGUUAUAAAACGUAUUUCACCAAUGCCUGGUGUUGGCUGGAUUUCUUAAUUGUUGAUGUUUCUUUGGUUACUUUAGUUGCAAACACUCUUGGCUACUCAGACCUUGGCCCCAUUAAAUCCCUUCGGACACUUAGAGCUUUAAGACCUCUAAGAGCUUUAUCUAGAUUUGAAGGAAUGAGGGUGGUCGUGAAUGCACUCAUAGGUGCAAUUCCUUCCAUCAUGAAUGUGCUACUGGUGUGUCUUAUAUUCUGGCUAAUAUUUAGCAUCAUGGGAGUAAAUUUGUUUGCUGGGAAGUUCUAUGAGUGUGUUAACACCACAGAUGGGUCACGCUUUCCAACAAAUCUAGUUCAAAAUCGUUCUGAUUGUUCCGCGCUGAUGAAUGUUAGUCAAAACGUACGAUGGAAGAACCUGAAGGUGAACUUUGAUAACGUUGGACUUGGUUACCUGUCUCUGCUUCAAGUUGCAACAUUUAAGGGAUGGAUGGAUAUUAUGUAUGCAGCUGUUGAUUCUGUUAAUGUAGACAAGCAGCCCAUAUAUGAAUACAGCCUCUACAUGUAUAUUUAUUUUGUCAUCUUUAUCAUCUUUGGGUCAUUCUUCACUUUGAACUUAUUCAUUGGUGUCAUCAUAGAUAAUUUCAACCAACAGAAAAAGAAGCUUGGAGGUCAAGACAUCUUUAUGACAGAAGAACAGAAGAAAUAUUAUAAUGCAAUGAAAAAGCUGGGAUCUAAGAAACCACAAAAGCCAAUACCUCGGCCAGGGAACAAAUUCCAAGGAUGUAUAUUUGACCUCGUAACAAACCAAGUUUUUGAUAUCACCAUCAUGGUUCUUAUCUGCCUCAACAUGGUAACCAUGAUGGUAGAAAAAGAGGGACAAAGUGAAUACAUGACUGAUGUUUUAUACUGGAUAAAUGUGGUUUUUAUUAUCCUUUUCACUGGAGAAUGUGUGCUGAAACUGAUCUCCCUCAGACACUACUACUUUACUGUAGGAUGGAACAUUUUUGACUUUGUGGUUGUGAUUCUCUCCAUUGUAGGUAUGUUUCUGGCCGAGCUGAUAGAAAAAUACUUUGUGUCCCCUACCCUGUUCCGAGUGAUCCGGCUUGCCAGGAUUGGUCGAAUCUUGCGUCUGAUCAAAGGGGCCAAGGGGAUCCGCACGCUGCUCUUUGCUCUGAUGAUGUCCCUUCCUGCCUUGUUUAACAUUGGCCUCCUGCUCUUCCUGGUCAUGUUCAUCUAUGCCAUCUUUGGAAUGUCCAACUUUGCCUAUGUUAAAAAGGAAGCUGGAAUUAAUGACAUGUUCAACUUUGAGACCUUUGGUAACAGCAUGAUCUGCCUGUUCCAAAUUACCACCUCUGCUGGCUGGGAUGGAUUGCUAGCACCUAUUCUCAACAGUGCACCGCCUGACUGUGAUCCAAAAAAAGUUCAUCCUGGAAGUUCAGUUGAAGGAGACUGCGGGAACCCAUCUGUUGGGAUAUUCUAUUUUGUCAGUUACAUCAUCAUAUCAUUUCUGGUUGUGGUGAACAUGUACAUCGCUGUCAUCCUGGAGAACUUCAGUGUUGCUACUGAAGAAAGUACCGAGCCCCUAAGUGAGGAUGACUUUGAGAUGUUCUACGAGGUUUGGGAAAAGUUUGAUCCUGAUGCCACCCAGUUUAUAGAGUUCGCCAAGCUCUCUGAUUUUGCAGCUGCCCUGGAUCCUCCUCUUCUCAUAGCCAAACCAAACAAAGUCCAGCUCAUCGCCAUGGACCUGCCCAUGGUCAGUGGGGACCGGAUCCAUUGUCUUGACAUCUUAUUUGCUUUUACAAAGCGUGUUUUGGGUGAAAGUGGAGAGAUGGACUCUCUACGUUCACAGAUGGAGGAAAGGUUCAUGUCAGCAAAUCCUUCUAAAGUGUCCUAUGAACCCAUAACAACUACACUAAAACGAAAACAAGAGGAUGUGUCUGCUACUGUCAUUCAACGUGCUUACAGACGUUACCGCUUACGACAAAAUGUCAAAAAUAUAUCGAGCAUAUAUAUAAAAGAUGGAGAUGGAGAUGAUGGUGUCCCCAAUAAAGAAGAUAUGGUGUUUGAUAACAUUAAUGAGAACUCGAGUCCAGAAAAAACAGAUGCAACCCCCUCCACUGUCUCUCCACCUUCAUAUGACAGUGUAACAAAGCCAGACAAAGAGAAAUACGAAACAGACAAAACAGAAAAGGAAGACAAAGGGAAAGAUAGCAAGGAAAGCAAAAAAUAGAGCUUUGUUUUUGAUAUAUUGUUUACAGCCCCUGAAGGUGAUAUAUUUGUGUUAAUAAGACUCUUUUAAGGAAGUCUAUGCCAAAACUUUUUAUCAAAAUAUUCUCAAAGUCAGUGCAAUGACUAGCUCUGAUUCCCUAAAAUAGGUGGGCAGCAUUAGCAGACGGCUACAUUUGCAUUGGUAAAUGAUUCUGUACGAAUUGUGAGAGUACUCUAUAGGGAGUCUUGAUUACAGCAAAUAAGGCUGGUUUAAUUUUAUUUGCUUUUAAUAAAUCAGAAGACCAUGUGGAAAGUGUUCACAUCUGCCUUGUCAUCUUUUCACGGGAUUCUGAACAUUCCUGUUUCCCGUGCAAAUACAAACACACGCAU